AAUUUACUUUCUUUAAAAAGUUGCUUGCCUUUUUUUUUUUAAAAAAAAUAACUACAAAAGGGGGUAUACUACAAUUGUGUUAUGAUGUAGUUGAAAAAAAAAAAAAAAAAAUUAGUACGCACAGGAUUUGCAGAAAGUACAGCAAAAUUAGCAGCUCUGAGUGAAUUGCCUCGACGUAUGUAUCAUCCGCUGGGAAGAAUUCCAACUGGACGUUCCUCCGCGCGUGAGUGAUGCGUAUGCUGCUCUGCUCGAAUGCGUCGUAGUGGUUUUCCUUUUCUUUCGCGCGCGUGGGAAGGCGGUUCACCUUAGCGUCUGUUCGAGGGUACCCUGCGUGUAUGAAUAAGUAUACAUGUACAAAUAAGUAUAUAUGUACACGUUUGGGAUCUGCGGGAUAGGCCGUUACCUUUUCUUUCCCCGAGUACAUUGCCGCACUUCGUGGAGAGAGCGCCCUGCCUCGCCCCCUUCUAACCGCGCACAUCUGCAGAGUGCAGGAAAACGCCUCGCGCUGCAUCUACAUGUGUGCCUAAACAUUUGGUGCGCCGCAAACCCACAUUGUUGACGCGGCUGUACCGCUAUAUUUGCCGCGAUCGGUUGGCGAGUCUGCCCUGUAACCUGCGCGCCAAAAGGGAAAGCGGCGAAGGCAACCCAACCGGGGAGGCUGCGCGCAUCCGUCCGAACCGACGCGGAGAAGUCUGACGGGUGCGCUUAUAUCAUGUCAUUGGGGGAGGGGUAGAACGAAGGAGCGAAGAGGAGAAAAAGCGUGGUAAGUGAAAGUCGAGGUAGAGCAGCUGUGCGGAGGAGGGAAGCCAAGAAGUGUUAUACUCUAUAGGCGCGGUAGACCCGACGGACACGCUAGGUUAGCCCCUCCCGUGUGCGCAUAACUAACCCCCUCGCUACCCCCACGUACGAACUGCCACACACCGCCACUCACCGCUAAUUCCCCCGCACAAUGGAGAACCUCCUGGGCAAGGUGGACAAAAUCGAGCCGUUCGACCCGAAGGUGAAGGAGGAGUACAACCAGUUCAAGUACGACGUGACGAAGCAGGCGAUCGAAUCGCUGAGGGAGAGGAUCCCCAAAAGGAUCAUUUAUUUCAACACCCUGGUGAACGUGAAUGCAGAGCCGGGCACCAUCCUAGAUGUAAGCGACUUAGAUACAAACACAUACAAAUAUACGACAAAUCAGACGGAGGAAAACAUACGGAAGAAACAUAAGACAAAUGAUCACGAUGUGAUUGAAAAAAAAAAAGACUCCAUAGAAAUGAACAGCAAAAAUGAUACCCAUUAUGAAGAGAAAAAAAUAGUUGUUGAUGAAAAUGUUAUUUACACCCACUACGUACCUUCCCACAAACAGAUUAACGCAGAAUUGGAAAAGAUAAAGGCCUACUCUUCCGAGCUCAUCGAAAUUAUAGGCAAUAUUAAGCUGUGGAUACAAUUGAAUGUGCCCAGAAUUGAAGAUGGGAACAAUUUUGGGGUGGGGAUUCAAGAGGAAGCUAUACAGGAGCUAGCCAGAGUUGAGGAGAGUGCUUUUAAUUUAUAUGAUGCCAUUGUUAAGUACUAUAUGGAUAGAGCCAAACUGUCAACCAAAGUUAUUAAGUACCCUAAUGUGUAUGACUACCAGGAGGCUGUUCGGGAGUUAGACGAAAAGGAAUGGGUACACAUCAAAAUUACCAUCAUUGAUAUGCGCAAUAAUUAUAUUAUGCUUUACGAUUUGUUGUGUAAAAACUGGGAGAAGGUCGUCAAGCCGAAAAAUGAAGAUGCCCAUCAUAGGAUGACUUUUUAGCUGGAGCUUGCCAAGCGGGGACUGGGGAGGAGACUCCCCCUGCUUCAUACUAUAUAUAGUACCCUUUUUGCCGUCGCCACUGCCUAGGUGCGAAGCAGUGAAGUUAGCUCGCCCUUCAUGUCGAAGUGAAGUGGGGAUUCCGCAAGGAAGGUAUGCUACGAUUCCGUGCACCCCUAAAGAACAUCUGCACAGGGGAGGGGUCACCAUCAGGGGGAAUACUCAAAGGGGGCAGAAAUUACGAGUGCUCCAACUUUAGGGGGAAACAUAACCUGUUUUAUCCCCAUGCGUGGUUACCAAGGUGGAGCGGCCUUCUUGGGGGGGACACCUUCGGAGGAUACACCGUUGAGAAGGCGGGUCACACCGCAGCUUAUCACCGCUUACCACCGCGUACCGCCUCUCCCCCGCGUGCUUAUCCUCAAUUUGUCCACUGCGCGCACGGAGACUCUUUCCCUUUUUUUAAAAAACGGUCUUACUUUUUUUUUUAACACAAUUUUCGCUUAACGC